AUGAUGGGGAGCCACGACAGAUACCACGCCAUGCGCUGGUACCUGGGCCAGCUCCGGUUCGACGCUGCCGCCUCCGAGGUUGGCACCACAUGGGCCGAGCUGGCCGUGGAUUUCGAGCUCAGCACUGGCGUGGAGCUAGCUCCGCCUGGCAGCGCCAUGGCCGCGCGGGCCCAGAAGUUUGCAGAUGUGGCCUCUCGUACCUGGCAGCUGUCCACGCCCAGGCAGCAGCGCCAACGCGGGGGCAACAGGCAACGGGCGCUCGGGGACCUCACAGUGGUCUCUCGGGUCACCGCCCUCGUGGCGCUCGGCUUCAAGCAGGGCCCGGGGGUGACCUCGCGUGCCAUCUUCGUGCAGCCCUUCACGUAUGAGGUGCUGCUGCGCGCGGCGCAGCGUGGACAGGCAGAGAGGCGCCAUGCUCACCUCCAAUGGCGGCCAGACUACGCAGGCGGCCCCGCGCCGACCAUGCCGGCAGCUGUCCGGCACGGACCGCCGGCGCCACCUGUGGCCGCUGCCAAGAGGGUGACGGCUGAGAGGAUGGCUGCUGGGCACAACGCCGUCGCCGAGCGGAAGCGCCAGGAGCACAAUGCCGUCGCGGACUCCCAGGGCCUCCACGUGCUUGGGCCCAUUGCCCCGGGAGCUGACAACUCCCAGCCGGUCGUCUGUGAGCGCAGCGGGCGGCAAACGCAGAAGAUGCGCCUGGCCAAGUUCAAGCGGGAAGCUUGCGCCGCAGCCUCGGGAGACCGAGGAGGAGGAGGGCGGCGGGCAGUAUCGACAUCAUUACGCCUCCAGACAUUGCACGCGACCGGAGACGUGAUGCACAGCCUCGGGACGCUGCCGGGCCUUCUCGGAAGCGGAAGCGAUCGUCGACUUCUGCGCCAGCGGUGUAUGUGA